GGCAGGGUGUCAUAAUAAACGCAAGCAAAUCAAGAUGGCCGCAUCUAACAUGCUGGUGUUUAUCCUAGUAGUACUCGUUAUCCAACAUUCAUGUUCUAAUCCUCUACUACUCAAGCGAUACAAGCGCCAGUCCGCAAGGCCAACAAGCCCUGUGGCCCUCAAUCCUUCUGUCAUAGGAUCCCUAAUGGCUUUCUCACAGAAGCUGAGCUCAAUGGAAUCAACUAUAAAAGCACAGAAUGAAAAAAUACAAAAGCAAAACGACAUGAUCGAAGACUUUGAGAACCUCAUUGCGGAUAAGGCAUCGAUGUUUUCUGUCAAUAAACUAGCCGGAAGGCUACAAGGAAAAGUAUCAGUCAUCAUGGCAGAUCUCGAAAUACGAAAAAUGGAUAUCACACGAUACAGAGACAAAAUGCGCGUGCUGGAAGGUCUACAAUCGACGACAGAGGCCGAUUUCGUAGAACUGAGAAGUAAAGCCAACAUGGUUGAAAAUCGCUUUGAUGGAUUCGAUGUGACUUGCCGCAGGGCUAGGACCAGCUGGAACCACCGCGCAGACGGCGAGUUAAUGUUUCUGGACCGACACAACGUACAGUGUAGAUCGAAUGAGUUUAUUCAAACGUUUGUUCUUAAGCGCAGAAGUGAUUAUCCACAAGGGAUGGUUAGGUAUGAGUUCAAGUGCUGUAGGUAUAAUCUGUAAAACACUUUAAAGAUAGUGUGACAACGACGCUACAAGAAAUAUGCGCGUUUGUAUUUUCAAGAUAUACAAAUUUAUAUUUUCAUURGAAUUACGGCGUGUUUACAUUUGCUGCAUGCUUCAGAACUAGUGCGUAAAAUGGUUCUGUGCUCAGAAACAGGAUAMCCACGCUACCAGUCUCACAGUGCGGCGCAGAAUAAGAUUCGACUUUGCUUCGUGCCUAGAUUCUGGCAUGGGUAUAGAUAGGUGUGGUCACAUUUUUUUGUCUUUUAUUUGAAACUAAGAUCUCUGGUAAAAGACAUAAAAUACGACAUAUCUUGGCCGGAUCCAUUUCAAAUGCAUGCCUUUUUUUAAAAAAAACAUGCUUAAUUCAGGAUCAAUUAAAAUAUGUUCAACUAUAUUAUCAAUUACUCAUUUGGGUGUAUUGAGUAAUAUAAAUGAAUCUCAUAGAAAUUUUACCUAGUUUUAAUACCUUAAAACAUGCCGGUAAAAAGCAUGUGUUAAAACAUUAAAAACAACUAAUAAAAUGUAUUAGAAAUAUAUAAAAAUAUUUGAGGGUCGUGAUAGAUCGCUAUUGAACUAUUUUCCUUGUAAGUUCAUCAUGAGAAAAUCAUAUAAAAGAUUUUUCGACUCC